AUGGCAUCCGCAACUGGUAUUCCACAGAAUAUCCCCGACACAAACGGUCAUUCGCCGGAGGGGUAUGCUGAAGACGAACCUUUGCUCGGGCGUCGUGGAGACGCAUCGCAGGAGGAAGGAAAGCCUCUAUACCAUAAUCUCUAUCUUGGAACAGCAGUGGUCGCGCAGGCGGGAAUCCUUCUGCUUGUAGCGUCUGUCUGGGCCAAUGUCUUCCUCAACGACCUAAUACUCUUCUCUGCGCACCCUCUUCUAAACUCUGCUGGACUUCUCGCCCUCACCCAGGGCAUCCUCAUUCUCCAACCCACGCACACCCCGCAGCAGAAACGACAAGGAACGAUCGCACAUUUCACCAUCAAUAAUAUUGCAAUCGAUGCCUUGAUUGCUGGCCUUGUUGUAAUCGAGUACAACAAGAUCGCUCAUAACGGUACUCACUUCGUGUCUGCCCACGCUAUUCUCGGUCUGAUCACAUAUAUUCUACUCGCAAUUCAAGCUUUAGUCGGCUUUACCGCCUACUUCUUUCCACAGCUAUAUGGCAGCGUGGACAAUGCAAAGUCACUAUACAAAUAUCAUCGUAUCAGCGGAUAUGUUAUUCUUACUACGAUGCUUGCAACAGUUUGCGCAGCUACUCAGACCGAUUAUAAUAAGAACGUAUUGGAUAUCAAGCUUUGGGCUGUGUUGGUUUCAUCGAUACUUCUCCUUAUUGGGGUCUUGCCGAGAAUCAAGAAGCAGAAGCUGGGUAUUACAGGACCAAAACCAAGUGGUGCAUUUGGACAGUGA